GGAGAGUGUGCGGCUCGGCUGCUUUAACUGAGCCAAGUGUCACAUGGCUGGUGUCUGGGCCCGUGAGCAGCAGCGGAGAGGGGGAGAGAGAAGCAGGGAUCAGGGGAUGGACCCGAAUCCCGCACAAGGACAGUGAGCUUCCGUUGACACUCAGCCACAAGGAAGUUCCCACCGAGCUGCCAGCUGUAGCUGAACGUUGCCUUGAGGUUUGAGAUGCCUGAGGUGGGGCAGUAGUCAGAGCAUUUUAAGACCAGACCCCUCCGGCUGCUGGGACUGACUUUCCACCUUUGACCCUGCUGCACCCUAUGGCGUUGGCCUACGGCUACGGGAAGAUUUACCGGCACCCAGGACGGAGUGAGGAGCCGCUGUGAGCCCGAGGGGGGGCUCCGAGUUGAGUGCCAGGACUGAGCAUUCGGGAUGUCCACCUCGCCCGCCCCACUGGAGGCUCGCCGAUUUCUGUCUCGCUGCACUGGCCUUCUGGGCCCGUGAAGGGUCGGGGCGGGGUGCCUUUGUCUUUUUGGCGGGGUAGCGGGCGCAGGACAUGCAGUCGGACGACUUCUUCUUCCGCAAGUUCAAGAGGAGCAACCCCCGACCCCUGCUGACGCCCGUGACCUUCGAGCCCAAGGCUGCCAGGUCGGCUCCUGAGCCGACCGGCACCACGGUGCGGGCCCGGAUCCUGGAAUGGCCGCCCCAGCGGGAGGUGUCAGAGGAUGGGGGGGCAAGGGCUGAGGGGAAGGGAGCUCCCCAGUCUGUGACUGAGCUUGUGACUGGCCCCCAACAGCAGCAGGAGGGGGAAGAGGUGGGCGCAGCGGAGGACAAGAUGGCGGGCCAGAUACGUAGCCCGGCCCUUCAGCGCAGCAACAGCGAGGCCGCCAUUGUGGAAGGGGGUUCUGUUCCCACGGGACAUCCUGCCACCGGGGUGGCGCUCCACCGGGAGUACGGCAGCGCGUCCUCCAUCGAGAGGUCCCGGGGGGGAGGAGGAGGAGGAGGGGAGGCCGAUGGUGCCCGACUGGGCUCAGAGAUGGCCAGCGCCCCCCGUUUCCAGGACCCCUACUUGCUCCUGGGGCUGCCUGAGAGCCCCGGGGCAGGACAGGCCGAGCUGGAGCCCCCGCCCGCUGCCUGCCGCCGGUUCCGAACGCAGAGGAGCGACCCCGAGUGCCCGCGGUCGCCGCAGGCGGCUGCUGCCCCGGGGCAGGAGGAUGCCCGUGGCCCCUGGCACCGAGCCCGUGGCCUGGCCCACUACGACGUGCAGAGCAUCCUCUUCGACCUGCGGCAGGCCGUGUCCAGCCGUGACAGCGCCGGCCGACGCAAGAACAUCAUCACCGGGGCCUCGGCCGCCUCCCAGUUGCCAGCACAGGCGGCUAGCAGGAGCCAGGAACACCAGCAACCCGCGCCGGGCGCAGCUGGGGACUGCAGCGAUGGGGACGACACCAGGCUGGUCCUCAGCUGCCCACAUUUCCGCAAAGAGGUGGGGGGCGAAGGGGAGCCCCAGCGCUCCAGCCAGUGCCCCAACGCUGCCGUGUCGGUGCUGGAGGAGCCCCGCGAGAGCCACCUCACCCGCACUGGCACCUACUUCAUCGAGCACGCGGACCUGGGCGCCAACUAUUACCGCAAGUACUUCAAUGGCAAAGAGCAUCAGAACUUCUUUGGAACUGAUGAGAGUCUCGGGCCAGUGGCAGUCAGUUUGCGGAGGGAAGAUAAGGACAAGGACGCGGGGAGCAGCUCACAGUAUAACUGCCGGAUCAUUGUCAGGACCACAGAGCUCCGGACGCUGCGCGCCUCGAUCCUGGAGGAGACUUUCCCCCCAUCGGCACGUCACGGCACACAGCGUGGUGUCCCACCAAAGAAGCUGCUGGAAUACCUGGUGCCAGGACUGAACACCCACUGCCUGCGCUUGGCCUCCAACUCGCCAAAGGUGCCCGAGAUGCUGCUGAAGCUGGAUGAGCAAGGGUUGACCUUCCAGCGGAAAGUGGGUGUCAUGUACUGCAAGGCAGGACAGAGCACGGAGGAGGAGAUGUACAACAAUGAGACUGCCGGCCCUGCCUUUGAGGAGUUCCUCGACCUCCUGGGUCAGCGGGUCAGACUGAAGGGCUUUGAGAAGUAUCGAGCCCAGCUGGACAACAAGACGGACUCUACGGGCACACACUCACUGUACACCAAGUACCAGGAAUAUGAGAUCAUGUUCCACGUGUCAACUAUGCUUCCAUACACUGCCAACAAUAGCCAGCAGCUUCUACGAAAGCGUCACAUUGGCAAUGAUAUUGUGACAAUUGUCUUCCAAGAGACCGGAGCUGAUCCCUUCACACCAAAAACGAUCCGAUCUCACUUUCAGCAUGUCUUCCUCGUUGUACAGGUCCACAACCCCUGCACUGAGCAGGUUUCCUACAGUGUUGCUGUCACCUGUUCCAAGGACAUUCCUGAAUUUGGGCCCUUCUUCCAGAAGGGAGCAGUCUUCCCUAAAUCUUCCACCUUCCGUGAGUUCCUGCUGGCCAAAGUGGUCAAUGCCGAGAAUGCAGCUGAGAAGUCAGAGAAGUUCCAUGCCAUGGCUAUCCGUACACGGCAGGAGUAUCUGAAGGACCUCGCAGACAACCACGUCACCACUGCCACGGUGGACUCCUCCUCCUCCAAGCUGGCUGCCAUCAUCUCCCUUCCCACCAAGAAAAAGGAGCGGCCUCGGGGGAGCCGGGCCCCUGAGCUACACAGUGCUGGCGCCCUGGUUUGGACUGUCACUGCACACUGGGUCCAUGCCCUCAAUGACACCGAGUGCAUUCUAGGAAUCUCCAAUGAGUUUGUUGUCCUGUUGGAUCAGAAGCUACAGAGGGUUGUGUUGAAUUGCUCCUGCCGGGAUGUGAUUGGUUGGACAUUGACUGCUGGGAGCAUUAUCAUUUAUUACGAGCAAGGCGAGUGUGUGACUGUCAGGACUCUGGAGAAUCAGCCAGAAGACAUCACUGAGAUUGUCCAUCGGCUGGAGAUUGUGACAACUGGGUGCGAGACCGAAGACCUCGUCCUCCGGCGCAACAGUGUCCAUCACCUGGGUUUCCAAGCCAAUGGCGAAGGGAUUGUGACCCAGGUGGAGGAGAACGGUUACGCUCAAAUGAUGGGCCUGAAGCUCUUCAGCCGGCUGGUCAGGAUCUGUGAGACUCCGGUGGUGGUGCUGUCGUACAAGGAGAGGGCAGAGCUCCUGAGGAAGGCCGACCACGUGAAGAUAACCAUUAUCCCCCCUGACAGCAAGGGCAAGCCCAGAAUGAGCUUCUCCGAGCUGUACAGGAAGUCAAUCGAGGAGACUGAGCGCAAGUGCGACCGGGUGCCAGAGACAGGGCUGGCGCCACCCUGCCUGUCCCUGUUGAGGAUGUCCUCGCUCCAGGAGACCAGGAGCACCAGUCCACAAGGACCACAGAGCCCCACCGUACGGAGCUGCUCUCUGGAAAUGAGAGUGGCUCAAGGCCAAAGGAACGAGAGGGACCCCUGCUCCAGGGCUCUCAAGACAUCAACCCCUGACCUCAUUUUGGCUGUAAACUCCCAGUGCCCACCGUCUCCUGGAAGACUGGACUUCGAUUCCAACGACGCCCAGGUUGCUGCUCCUCGAUGCUCUUUCCCUGGGACAGCCCUUCAGGAGAGUUGCCCCAGCAAUCCAAGCACUUGUGAUCCUGGUCUCCAGGACCCUCAGCAAGCCCUUCUGAGUGAUACCUCACUGAUCUAUUCACUCGCUGGUCCGAGCCAAAACGUGCCAAGUGGUGCCAAAAUGGACGAUAUCAUAACAUCUGAUGUCUCUAACGUUCAGUGGCAGUCCCUGGCAGACAUUGCUUCAUACUGUGAAGACCUUGUACAGUCCCUCUCCCUGGAAGAAGAGAUGACAACAGAGGAACCCAGGGCUGCUGGUGCCCUUGAGCUGAGCGAAGAGAGCCAAUCAAGCACCCUUCCAACAGGUCUCAACGAGAAGGUGUGUCGUUUAGAAGCCACCGUCAAGCAGCUGAAUGAGAAACUAAGGAAGGAGAAGGAAGACAAAGCACUGCUGGCGAGCGAGGUGGAGCAGCUACGACAGACAAAUCAGCGUCUGCACCAGGAGUCUCAGACCACGGUGUGCCACCUCUUAAGAGUAACCGAAUUACUGAUCCAUAAUGCCCACCCAAAGCCUUCAAACUUGCAUAAUUAGGGGAGGGUGGUGGAAGAGUUACUCCCUCUACCAGAAUGAGACCUGUGUCUCAAUGGCAUUAAAAGGUUGGCAAUUAUAACUGGCAUGAAUUCACUUUGUUUUGGGAUGUUCCAAUUCUGGCAUGCUGCAGUCUCAGAAUUUUUUUCUCCUUUUCUUUUUGUCCCCUGCCAUAUCAUCUGUCUAUGGUUUAGGAAAUGCUCUUGGCAACAUCACACUGACAUUGUGUGUUUCAAUGAUUUUAAUUGCUGCUCUUUGCAAGUCCUGUUUUGGAGCCCUUUCAUAUGCACAAUAACAAUGUUUAUAGUUAUUUGUCCCAACUGGGCUGCGUCCUUGUUUAUGCUCUGAAUUAGUCGCCCCCGCCCUCUUCAUCACUAUGUCCUUCAAAACCUGUCUACCUCGUGAGUAUAGUAUGGCAUGUAGAGGGAAGAUGGAGUUAAAUGGAACCAAAUGGCAGAACAAGCCAAAGGGGCAGAAUGGCCUCCUCUAGUUUGAUCAAUGGAAAGAUUUAAUUCCUUGGCAGCUAUGUCCUUUAACUAACUGACAUAUUGAAUAAUUAUAAAAAGACAUUGAUUCUCAAUCUACCGCUGGGAAAACCUUCCAGUUUGAAUUGGUCAAAGGCCAGUGCUUUUUAUUUCUCCCUGCACACCUGGGAAGGGGGGGGGGGGGGGGGGGA